AUGUCAAUGAAAGCUUAUUAUUGUGGUUUUCAACAGACAGUGGAGAAAUGUUUCGCUUGUGGACAUAUAAUAGCUGAAACUAUUCUUUUAGCCAUGGGCAAUACAUAUCAUCCAGGAUGUUUCCGAUGUUGUAUAUGUACAAAGUGCUUGGAUGGAAUACCAUUUACAGUGGACUCACGUAAUUUAAUCUACUGCCUACCAGAUUAUCAUCUCGUUUAUGGUCCAUUGUGCGCUGUCUGUGGAUUAGUGAUUACGCCAGAAGAGGGUUCAGAUGAAGUUCGACGAGUUGUAGCUCUUGGUAAAGAAUUUCACAUUGACUGUUAUCGUUGUAUUGUAAGUCUGAAUGAUUUUCAUCUAUCCGAUUGA